UGUAGAUUACGUCCUAAUUUGUUAUACAAAUAUGGUUUCUGUCGUCGAGAAUAGUGCCAGCCCAGAUUCCGGAUUUACUGUUGUGCGGAUGGAACCAUCAGAUAUUUUAAGUCUCGCUGGACAGUUUGUUGUGCAAUAUUACACUGUCAUGAAAAAGUGUCCAUCUGGCAUCCACCGUUUCUACAAAGAUGAUUCAUCCAUGAUACGAGAAGAUACUCCAGUUUGCGGUCAGAGAAUGAUUCAUGAAAAGAUCAUGAGCUUGAACCUUCAGGGCUCACAAAUCGCGAUACUCAAACUAGAUGCAUUGAGAGCCAAUGGCAACAGUGUACUAAUUCACGUGGCUGGAGAAAUAAGCAUCGCCAACGAGGAGUUUCGGCGAUUUACUCAGUGUUUUAUUCUGAGAGAACAGUCACCGUGUGACUUCUAUGUGUUAAAUGACAUAUUUCGGUACCAAGAUUAUGUAUAUGGAGACUUGAAAAAUAACGCGGAAACCGAUAGUGACCAUUUGGCGAAAACCAACGAUUAUUGUCCAUCUGAAAAUGUUUCACGUUGCCCUAUGUCUCAUACGACCAGAGAGGAUCAUACACACAGUUGGGAAACUACACGUGAAGAGAAUUACAAACAAGCUGUCGAUGAAGUCCAAACACAUGACUCAGAAAUGAAACAUGAUCAGCUGCCUGUGGAUCAUGUGGUACCACAUCCAUCUGUUGCACUAUCUGUUCAACAAGAAAUUGUACAUCAGUCUCACCCUGCUAGUUCCCCGCCACUGCAACCCGUUCAGUCUGGUCCUCGCAGUUGGGCGCAAAUGGCAUCUAAGCAGCUUUCUCAAUCUGUUUUGAAUGCGCAAAUACCUAAAGGUGUAAGGAGUAAUACUAACGUUUCCGAGUAUGAGGUUGCAGAAGAGCAGCACAGGUCGGGUUUGCGACAAUCAACCAAUACAGAUGGUCCUCAAAGAAUACGCAGUAUGGGUCCUCGUCAACAAGCAGACUCACGAGGCAUUUCUGAGAUGAACUAUGCCCAAGAUAAUCGUGUGUCUUCAAGAGGAAAUGCUUCCAGAGGUUUUGGUGGAUCUGCUCGUGGUGGUGGUCGGGGUGGUCGAGGUAGCAUGGGCAAUGGACCUGUGGGUCGAAUCUCUGGUGCAGGAAAUCCACGCAGGACAAGUUAG